GGACUGCGCUACACCCAACAAGGAAGUGAACUCGAGUAGUUUGACCAGUUGAUAGGCCGUAGCAAAGAAAAGUUGGCGUGAUGUUGAUGAUUGUAGCCUUUGCUUGUGUGUCUUUGGUCAUAUUUAUACUUAAAUAUGUCUUCGGCAACUCAGGUCCGAACCCCUUUGAGAAGGACUGUCGUGAGCCGCUAAAAGAGAAGGUUUACGACAAGAAAGAGAAAAACAAAGUCCUUAAGCAAGGUUUUGUGGCCAGUAAAGUGCCAGACAACCUGGAUGCAGUCAUCAUCGGCAGUGGUGUCGGUGGACUCGGGCUGGCUGUGCUCCUGGCUAAAGUUGGAAAGAAGGUUCUGGUUCUGGAACAGCAUAGUCGGGCCGGGGGAUGCUGCCACACGUUCACAGAGAAGGGCUUUGAGUUUGAUGUUGGUAUCCACUACAUCGGUGGUCUGAUGGACCACAAGCCCUUUCGCUGCAUGCUGGACCAGAUGACCAAUGGUCAGCUGGAGUGGGAGAAGCUGGAGAACCCGUUUGACCACGUUGUGCUGGGACCCCCUGAAAACCGCCGCUCCUACCCCAUUUACAGCGGCAGCGCUCGCUACUCUGAAGAACUGAAGAAGCGAUUCCCUGGAGAGGAGAAGGCCAUCGAUGAGUAUCUGAAGCUGGUGAAGAAAACCGGGAAAGGCAUUUGGGUCAUGGCUGUGCUGAAACUCUGCCCCUUACCUUUGGCCAAGUUCCUGAUCUACACCGGCCUCGUCAAGCAUCUGUCUUACUUCUACAAAAUGGCGCCACGCAGCCUGACAGAUGUGGUCAACGAGCUGACGGAGAACAAGGACCUCAGAGCUGUCUUCACCUACAUCUUUGGCACCUAUGGCAACCUACCAAAAGAUUCCAGCUUUUCCAUGCACAGUUUGCUGACCACCCACUACCUAAACGGCGCCUGGUACCCUAAAGCUGGCAGCAGUGAGAUUGCUUACCACAUGAUUCCCAUCAUCGAGAAGGCAGGGGGCGCUGUUCUGGUGCGAGCUCCAGUCAACCGCAUCUUAUUUAAUGAUGCAAAGGAAGCUUGUGGUGUGAGUGUGUUGAAAGGUCAGGAGGAGGUGCAUAUAAAAGCCCCUAUGGUCAUUUCUGAUGCCGGUAUCUUCAAUACCUAUGAGAACCUGCUGCCCAAGGAGCUCCAGGUCAUGCCAGAGAUCCAGAAGCAGCUCAGUCUGGUGAAACAUGGUGAAGGAGGUCUGAGCAUCUUUAUUGGUUUAAAUGGAACCAAGGAGGAGCUGGGCCUGAAAGCAAACAACUACUGGAUCUUCACUGAGAACAAUUUUGAUGAACUGGUGGAGAAAUAUAUGAAUGCGGAGCGGGAAGAUGCGUCUAAGAAAAUACCUCUGCUGUUUGUCGCCUCGCCGUCUGCCAAAGAUCCAUCGUGGGAGGAGAGAUCACCAGGAAAGUCUACUUUAAGUCUGGUUAGUUUUGCCAAAUACUCGUGGUUUGAGGAGUGGAAGGACGAUAAAGUGACAAACAGAGGGUCCGACUACAAAGAGCUGAAACAAGCGUUCAUUGACUCCGCUCUGGAUGUGGUGAUGGACGUUUUCCCCAAAAUCACCAGGGACAAGAUUGAGUAUAUUGACGCUGGAACCCCCAUCACAAACACACACUACAUUGCUGCCCCCAAAGGUGAGUUCUACGGAGUGGACCACGGCAUCGCUCGGUUCAACCCUGAACUCAACGUUACAAUAAGACCUCAGACUCCCCUGAAGAACCUCUACCUGACAGGCCAGGAUGUGUUUUUGUGCGGUUUCGCUGGCGCCCUUGCUGGAGCUCUCACAUGUGGCUCGGUCAUUCUGAACCGCAACCUCCAUCUGGCCGCCAUCGCCUUGGCAAAGAGAACAAAAUAUGUGAACAACAAGCUGAAAGACGAAUAGCCGCUCCUAUUUGCUCUGUUUAUGCUUGUUUAGUUUCACUACAGUAGUGAAAACUUCCACAUCAAAUGAUGGGGCCCACAAUCUGGACUUCCAAAAUGUUCAGUUUGAGGGUAAAGGUGUGUAAAUGGAAAAAAAAAAAAA